AUGAUAGAUAGAUAGUCUUUCGUAGCAAUCAGAUUGUGUAUGGGAUAUAUUGCGAUCUAAUUGUUACGAUUUAAGUUAUCUGAUUGUGCUGUGCUAUCACAAGAGAAAUGUCCAAGACGACGGCUUCCUCUAGUAAGACGAGUCGAACCACUACUACCACCGCCAUAGCGACGGGUACAACGCCAAACACGGAGCCUACGAAUGCCAUACCUCAGAAUGCGCGGAGCCACGCCGAGCUGGAUAAUAUCUCUCGAUACAGGGAAUCUCCCUCUUGGACGGAGCCGUACUACGUCCAUGAGCGGAUGAAUGAUAGAGAGGGUCAUCGGGCGCGCAUUAAAGAUGUGAUUAAGGGGAUAGAGGGGGUGUUGGGGCUCGAUUCGGGACGUUAGAAGUGGAUAAAUUAGGGUUCUGGGUGUUCUUGGAUUGGGUUAUAGAGGUUUCAUUUUACUCCAGUGAAAAUGGGGGAAUGGGAGAGGGCGUUGAAUAUUGGACUACAGAGGGAUGGAAUGGGAUUGGGG